AUGGUGCGUCAACCGAAGAAGCUGACGGACUGCCCGGAAAAUCUCCGGGAGUCCAUCGACUGGUUGAUCCAGGUUAAGCAUGGGAAUGGUCAAGAUGGUCUUAAGAACUUGGCUGAUGCUUUGAAAAAGUUGAUUGGUGAGGCUAUUACGAAGGCUACUACUAGUCUUGAAAAGAGACGUGCUCAACUUGAAUGUCCUUCGAAAUACCGGGAUAAUGACUCCCAUUGCAAUAAGAAGCAGAAGGAAAUUGAGCAAGCUGAAAAGAAAGCUACGGAAACUAAAAAAAGUGAAGAUGAGUCUCAUUUAGAAAAACUUAAAAAGGAGAAAGAUGACCAUUAUAACGAAGUUCAUUAUCUUUCUGAGGAUGCUAGGGAGAAAGCUUUGAAGGAUGUAACUGAGCGGCAGGCGUCUCUUAAUACGCUUAAAGAAAGCCUUAACAAAUUCACCGACAAAAAUAGUUGUGAAACUCUUUUAACCAAUCUCACUGAAGGUUUAGAAAAGUUUCUAGGUUUCAACUCUGACUCCAAAGGAUACACCGGUGAGGGCAUCGUGUACUCGGACCUUGACAGGCUCUGCGACGGGGUGAUGUCUUUCCUUCAUGGUGUUCUUGAGAGUGUUAAGGAGAAUCCCAGCGUGUCCACGUAUGAUAAAAAUACUAGUACAAUUCGAGAGACUGCCUCUCAUCUCUCGUCGCAUCUCCAUGAUGGUAAGCUGGGGUUCAAUGAUAAUGUUACAAAGGUUAAGCUUGGCAUCGAGGGGUAUUUUGGUGACGCAGGGACAUUAAAAAAGCUUGAAGAGCAGAUUGAGUGGAAUAUUUUGCAGGUUAUGAAUUUAAACAAUCGUAAGUCGUUUGAGCAAAAUCUUGCUAAUUGGUAUAAUACUGUAACCGAUGGUCUGAGUGCGAAAAUAGAAGCGGCUUUACAUGCAAUAAACAUGCUCGAUGAACCUUUGAAGACGAAGAUUAGGAAUGAUUUCGAAAGGAUUAGAACGGAAGUAAAACAUCUGAAAAAAGCAACGAAAAAGGACAGAGAUGAGCUCAAAGCUAUGGGGCAGAAUGUUGAUGAGGUGAUGAAACAGUUAAACGAAAAUGUAAAAGUUUAUGUUGCAAAAUGUGUGGAUUGGCUCGAUUUAACAUUGCAGGAAAGCACUCAAGAUAUUCAGGAUAAGGUCAGAAGAAUCGAUAGUUUGCUUACCGAAUAUUUUAGCGAGUUGGGAAAAUGGAUUGGUAUAGCGGAGAAAAUUUUGACCACAGCCUUGCAGAAGAUUGAAGACAUUUUGGGUGGCGUUCAGGAUGGGCACGAUAAAAAUAGUGCAACAAUACAGAGUGGUAAGCAGACAAAAAUCACCAAUAAUGCCACCGAAAUGAAGACCAAGGCGGACAAGCUGCACGAGGCGUAUGAUGCAGCUAAAGCAGCUGUAAAGGCGCAGGCUUCUCAAGCUAUUGGGGAAAUUAAGGGCUUAGAAGAGGUUUAUGUAAAUAAGCUGAACGAGAUGAAAAAGAAUAUUGAUCAUCAGGUGCAGCAGGCGACGUUGGCGCUUGGGAAUUUGGGAGAGCAGGUGAAUCAGGGGUUGGAGAGUUUGCGGAAUACGAAUAUUAAUACGGCGGUUGAGGGUUUUGUGCAGAAGUUGGAAAGUGCGGAGUUUGAGAAACCAAUUGAAGGAAUUUUGGGUCAUGGUUACGGUGUUUAUAUCAGUAGUCUUACAGGCCUUGAAGGUGACUUAAAGCAGUGGCUUCAUUCGGCGGCCUCAAAUCUAAGCAAUAUCAAAGACUCAUACGGUAAAUCGCUCUCAUCUCCGUCUGACUCUGUCAAAUCCGUGUUAUAUGCUCUUGAAAGCUUCAAAAAAAGUCUUUACGUCACUAGUAUUUCAACUUCUGACAACAUUUCCGCCUUCACCGCCAUAGGCAACGACAUUAAAACACAAAUUCAAGAAGCAAUCAAAAGGGUAAAAACGCAACCGCAAGAAUUCCAAAAUGUCUUCAACACUUUCCAUAGAGAGAUAACCAAGGGUAACGGUGACACAACAGUGCACGGGAAAAUUGAGAAGAUUAAGACGCAGUUUGAUAAUGACUUCAAUAGCGAUAACCCGCGUGACCCACAAAUCAUUCAGAACAAAGUUGACCCAGACGAAAAGAAUAGGAACGCUCUUCAAACUGCGAUCAGGGAGUGUGGAACCACGGCUUUCGAUGGAGCCGAGCGAAUCAUAAGUGGACAGGAAAUUAAAAAGAACACAACGUUCUCCGGCUUACUCGGCGGAAUCACCGAGGAGCUCGGGAAAAUCGCCAAGAUUGUUUCGACUGUGUCCGACGGUGACGACAAAGGUGCCAAAGAGUUGUUGCAGCAACUUAAAGAGGAUGUUGGGAAGAGUCCACUCAAAUCUAAACUCAGUAAAGGUCUUACUAGCAGCCUCGAACAGCUGAAAGAUAAAUUUAGCAAACUCCAAUCCUCCAACGUAACCGAACUUGAAAAAGCCGUCACCACGCUGCUCAAAUCCACCCUCCCGGACGUCGUUGAUAAGUGUAAGUCAUCCAUACAUAAGCAUAUUCACGAUGAAGUUGAGAAUGUAAAACGUGCCGUUAGAGCCGACACACUGAAGCGGUAUGUCAGUUCUAAAAAAUUAGACCUUGAAUCUCUAAAUGCACUUGUCGAGAAGCAGCGUGCUGUCAUCUCAGACACCAUAUAUGUCGACGUGUCCACUGGAAUUAAAGGUUUAUUGAGUAUCAUGAAAUAUUGGUUAGAGAAAAACCAUACGUCAUUCCGUGUUCCCACAACCAUUACAACACUGUCCACAAAAACAUAUCGCUUCAUUGAAGUUAUUUUAAAAUACGUGAAAGAUGAUUUAAAGAAAACCGAUAAAGAUUUCAAUCAACUUGAAAUAUUCAACACACAUAUCGAGCGCCUUGCAUCGACAGUCAAUUAUCACUCCCACUUCUCCCACGAAGUCUCCAACAGGCUCGCCACGCUAUCCGAAAAAGUCUCCAACCUCCAACCCCUAGCGCUCCCGGACGCAGGACGGCCCGUGCUCAAUGCGCUGAAAGAUGGGAUGGAUAAAUUUGUCGAGCAGUUGCAGAAGCAGUACGUUUCGCGGUAUUCGCUGCAGGAGUGGAAGCGGGAGGACGAAGGGAAGUAUGCGAAGGUGUGCUUGACGAUUAUGGAGGGGCUGCAAAAAGAUAUGUAUGAUUUGCAAAAUGAAUGUAAAUCCGGUGGUAAGAAUAAAUGGCAUGAAAAGAAAAUGUGUUUGAUUGAGCAGGAUAAGAAAACUCAGCAAGUUCCCAAUGACCUCGGCCACUGGUUCCAGAACCGUGGCUUCAGGGUGCCGAAAGACAAGGACAACCAAAAUGGAGAGUUGAACAAAGAGCGAAACGGUGAAUAUAUUUUUGGCAAGAUCACGGAGAAUAUUGCCGCCGCGCACAGCAUUCCAGUCCUCAAAACGUGGAAGAUUGAGAAAUAUAAAAUUGCUAGUGAUAGGCAGAACAACAUUGAAAUCUCUCUCUUCGACAUUGCCGAUUUUCUUCGCGAUGUUUUCCGAAAGUACUAUGCAGUAUGCCAACAUGAGCAUAUCCUUUCACCUAAAGCACCGUCCAACAUCUAUCAUAUGUUACAAUGGCUCGCCGGUCUGCGGUGGAAUCACAUGUAUGACAAACUCAGUGAGCAUUUCAAGGAGCUGUUCGAGAAGCCGAAGGAUAAGAAAGAAAAGUUGUACAAAGAAUUGUCCGAUACAGAUCUUAGCUUAGUUGGAACGUCACCAAUUGACUCCGCUGGCACGACAACAAUCACACCUAAGGAGCUAAAAGGGACGCUCGAACAGGUUUGUUUAUAUUCACGGAAGGUUCUCAUCACCUUCCUAGGCCACGGCCACGCCGAUGGUAUCUACGCCGUUGACUUUAGCUGUAACUCAGAUAAUUUAAUGUAUCCCACUAGCGCUGCAUCAUGUUUAGAUAUGCUUGAAGAUAUAUUAAAUAGAGUAUUUUAUAAACUUAAUUUCUUAUGGGCGCAGUGUCGCAACGGCCCUAAGAGCGGUGGUUGGCAAGAGUGUUGGUAUGGUCGCCACAUCGGCGGCUCUUCAUUCCAGUGCAAUGAUGUGCAAUGUCAUAACCAAGCGUGCAAGCUAAACGCUAACCAAGGUGCUACCCAAAAUGCCAACCAAAUAUGUAACCAACACCCUAUCUGCGGUGUCAAGUCACCGUUACAAUCCUUCUUAGAGGACGGUUUGUCAGGGUUCCUGCCACAUUCCUUUAAGACGCCCGGUUGCAAGCUGGAAUGUACUCUGAGUAAUCACAGAGGUAUCCCGUGUCAAACACCAAUGGGCUUUACCGAUAUUAGCAAUGUAGCUUCACGCACGCAGAAAGGUGAAGAUCUCAGGGCAGAACUUGCCUAUUUCUGCGGCACAGGUUCAAACCUCAAUAAGUUGUGUUCUUACCUCUCGUUCCUCCUUCGCCGACCACCGCAGACGCUUGGCGAUAUGUUUGCCUUUUACCACCAGUUCCUUAAGAACUGGACUGCGAUAAAUAUUAAGCUGCACAAGCAUGAUGCUUUUAUUGAAGCAGUCGAGAAAGCCAAUUUCGGACAAACGUACACAGACUUACACCCAACUUCCAUCCAAGUUAGCAAGACCCACUCCGACAAACAUGACAAAGGAGACCUUUUCAGUCUCACAGAUUGUUAUCAUAAGACUAAUUCGGGCCUGCCAUGUGGCAAAUAUUUGCAGCCCCUCUAUCUAGAUAUUCGCGAUACAUUUUCUGAAAAGCACACUGCCAACUAUCUUUCAUGGAUCGUAUACCUGACGGAAACGUUCUACGAUUUACUUAAGAAAUUAUACGAUGACUGCUGUAGUAACUGCAACAACCCGGGCAGCCGAUGCUACGAUAAAUGCUGUUCUAAGGACUGCAAAGUGAAAUCAGCUUACGAUGCUGAAAAUUCUUCCGAGACACUCAAGAAUGCCUAUCACGAAAAACAAUGUCACUCCAUUGUGAAAUGCCCGAAUAUGCAUCCUACGCUUCAUAAAUUCGGUUUUACGUUCUGGAGUGCUAAUAAACUAAGCGGACAAGAUAAGGAAGCGAGGCAGAAAAGAACGUGCAAAGAUUUCUGCCAGGCAUUGAAAAGAGUAAUAGGUAAAAAUUGCGUUCUUGUUGACCUUAUCCAUGAUAUAGACAAAUUCAUCUGGAAGAUAAGAGAGAAUUUCUCCAUCACAUUGUUAGCCCUCUGGUCGCUGUCGCUCCUGUACCUGCUGCACAUCGCCGUCGUCCGCCUCGACGUCCUGAGGAUACGCUCCCACCUAAAAUCACCCGCAAGCCACCGCAUCGCCGCCCAGUCGCUACUCGCCGCCGCACGCGUCACCAAGCUCGGCAAGCUCACAUACCUGCAGCCGUGA